AUGCCUAUGCCGGAGCGGGCGAAGCCAUUCGAGAAGCGGAGGAGCGCAUAGACCCACACGUUGGGAGAGAGCGAGGUGACAAAGCCAGUGACCGCAGUGAGGAGGCAGGACAAGAGGACAGUCUUCUUCCUCCCGAGGUGUUUGUCCGCCAGUCGGCCGUGGACGGCGGAGCCGAAGAGCGAGCCGAGGAAGAAGACGGAAGCGGGGAUUCCAGCCCUGAACUUGCGGUCGCAGAUGAGCCCCCAUUCCGCCACCGUGGAGCUCUUCUCGCCGUCCACCCACUCCCAGGAUCCCGGAGCCAGGUGGCACAUGGACGGUCCGGGGGAACAGGCGGCGGCGUGGGCCUUGCACCUCCACGCCGGCUGGGCAUCGGCGAAGAUGGUAAUAAGGGUGCCCUGAGAGUCAAAAAUCCACGCCAGCGAGACCAGGAAAACUUGGAGGAUCUGCGAGCGUCCGAGGGCCCCGACGUGCCCCUCGAUGAUUUCGUCUACUGAGAGCUCCGUCUUGGCGCCCCCGCCGCGGGGCUCCGCCGGAAGAGCCCCCUCGCGGCUUCCGUGGACGACCAGCUCUUCCAUUUCGUUAUCCAUAGGGGAAAGAAGGGUGGCACGGAUGAACAGAAGCUCCUGUGUUACGACGCGCUUUAUAACCGUUCUCAUCGCCAUCUGCGUCACUCUGUCGCUCAUCUCCAGACGUCUCACGCCGCCACUGGUGAGGCUUCACUAAGCAAAUAACAAACCAUUUCUUCUUCUCAGUGAUGCCCACAGAUGGCAAAAAGAAGAGGUAAUGCAGCGUGCCCAUGACACUGACCGCAUUAAAGGGGGGAGAGGGGAGGGGAGGGGAUGGAAACCCUAAAACCCGCCGUUGCCUUCCUCAAAUUCUUCCCCGGGGGAGCUGCAGAUACUUUCUCAGAACAGAGAAGAACUAUCAUUGAGAUGAAGAUCGCCACCACACGCCUCCUCCUCCUUCGAGGACGACAGUAGAAUAUUCCGCAUCACCGGGGGAUUCGCGACCAGAGCUCACCGGUGUCCGUCGCAUCGACUCCCAACAAUAUUUCUAAAACAAAUGCUGUCUCAGUCAUCGCGACUACCGCCAGAGCCGCCUCACUAGUAGCCGCAACCGUGCCCUGGAAAUAGCAGCUGCCAUUUCCGUCUAGUCUCGGCGGUCGGUGGUGAAAGGGGUCCCGACCCAUCUUCCCCAUGCAGGGCAACGAGGGGAGUUCGGCUUUUUCCCUAGAGAAGAGCCCGGCUCAUGAGGCCCACCUCGACUCUGCCCAACGAAGGACUGGAGGGUUUUGGCUGAAACUCUCUCUCUCCCCCUCUUCUCGUUCUCUCUCAUAUCUUCUACGGCUACUGCUGCUGUUGGAGUUCUCAUCCUCUAUAGUUUCCUUGGUCCUUUCGUUUCCUUAUUUCCGACGGCUGCCAUUGUAGGCACAUCUUAUGUCUGUAUGAAUGAGGCUGCAUCGCCCCGGAGACGGUCAAGACUCAAUUCCCUACACAAUAAAGACGACGAACAUCACAAGUAGACGUCGUUCCCAGAGCCGUCGACGGGUCAGCCUGGGCCUUAUCAAUUCCAGCCUAGGCCUAGGCACAUCCCAAAGCCAGGUGAUAUGCCCACUUUGGCCCAGCCGGCCCAAUCACUAGUACUUACCCAUCCAUCUAGUUAA